GACGCAGGCGCGAGCGGGUCCGGUGUCCGGUAUCACUCGGCGUUUCCCCCACGAGAUGAAAGGAGAACCGCGUCGGUCUUGGUCUCUGCGCAAACAUCUGCAGAGUCCUCUCUUUUGUUCUCCCGCUGAAGAGAGAUUUGAGGGGAAAUAAGCAGCUUACAUAAUUACAAAAACGCGCUCUGUCUUAGCUCGACCGCCCCCCGCCCGCCUUUUUCCUGUCCAAAUGGAUUUUCUUUGCGGCGCAGGCAUUUCUCCGUCGUGUGUGUUUUACAUUAGCGUAGCGGAGAACAUACGUGGGCUAAUAGUUUCUAUUGUGGGGCACUUCUUAAUGUCAACAGGGGCUUUGUCAGUGUAAGUGACUCCGGACGCGGGAUUCCGUCGUCGCCGCGGUUACUGGGGCCGGAGGAGGAGCCGGGGUAUCGGAGUGACCGGAGGAAGGGGGUGUGGGGGGGUACAGGGCCUUUUAAAAAGGCAGCCUUUAACCCCCCGCUCUGAACUUCAUUCCCCAUCCUGACCCUGAUCCAGCAUGCAUGCCCUGCGAGCCCCCGCUUCCCUGGCCCUCCUGGGCCUGGCGUUGGCCCUCUGCAGCCUCCCCGCCAGCUCCCAGCCCACACUGCGCUACAGGAGGGUCCUGCAGCCAGCGCGCCCUGCUGCCACGGCGACACAGCAGGACCAGAGAGAGCAGAUGAUGGAGGCUCUCUGGUCCCAGGUGGUGCAGAGACGGGCUGUGUCCUCAGCACAGCGGUCUGGGACUCCGGGCGUCAGCCAGGUGACCAAGAUGCCUGCGGCCGAAAGAGGCCUGGCCAAAGACAGCAAGGUGCCUGCUGAGAACAGGAGCGUCGCCAAGGUGACCCAUGUGCCUACUGGGAACAGGAGCGUCGCCAAGGUGACCCAUGUGUCUACUGGGAACAGGAGCGUCUCCAAGGUGACCCAUGUGCCUACUGGGAACAGGAGCAUCGCCAAGGUGACCCAGGUGCCUGCUGGGAACAGGAGCGUCGCCAAGGUGACCCAGGUGCCUGCUGGGAACAAGAGUGUCGCCAAGGUGAGCAAGGUUUCCAUAGUGAACAUGGGCCAGGAGAGUAAGAUAGUCCCGUCCGAUAGGGAUGUGGCACAAGAGGGUGAGAUAGAGGUGCCCGAUUUGGCUGUGACCGUGGCCCCGAAGAUCGAUGUUCCUGGAGUGGGCCUGGUCCAGGAAAACGGGGUGUCUGCUGUGGACGUGGACCAAGAAAUCGGGGUACCCGGUGUGGGCGUGGUCAUCAUUCCGGAGAUUAGGGUGUCCGGAGUAGGAGCGGUCCCAGAAAGCGAGGUGUUCGGAUUGGCCGUGGUCCCGGAGACCGAGGCAUCAAGAGCGGGCGUGGUUGAGGAAGGCGUGACCCCAGGAGUUGGUGGAGACGCGGAGGUGAAGGUGUUUGUAGUGGGGGUGGCUACAGAUGAAAGGGGCGAGGACGUCGAAACUGAGGUGGACCACGCCCCCGACGGCACGAGCACCCUCCCUCCCCGCGAACGGAAAGCAGGCUGCAAAAGCUUCUACUGGAAAAGCUUCACUUCCUGCUGAGAGUCCGGCCCCCGCCCCGCCCCGUCCGCCCUCUCCAGGCCCGGCCCCCCCUCCCUGCGCAUGCAGGUCCUCAGUGCUGUAUCUAAGACCCGUGUCAAAUAAAAACCACAAAAACUCUG